AUGAAGCCUACCUUGAUCACUAUAUUUUCUUUCCUUUUCAUUGCUGUUGCUGUUUAUGCACAAAAACCUCAUGUACCCAAUCCAAUAGCAUUUCAAGAAAUGUUACCGUUACCAAUCAUUGUUACCCAAGAUAAACAUAAUAAAAAUGUAUAUCAGGCUGAAAUUAAAUGGUAUGACCGUGGAGUUUCUCCUGAUGAACGAGUUUUUAAAAGAAUGAGAUGCGAAAAUGGUGUAACAGUUGACGCAACCAAUGUG